AAGUCUCUAGCUUUUUAUCGGUUGGCUUAUAUCUCUCUGUCAAGUCUCUGAAAUCCUGUAAUUUGAUUAAAAAUUUAAUCUCUGAUGCCAAUUUCGUGGUUAAGAGUGGAACACAAGAUGAAUUCGAAGGCCUUGAGAUACCAGAUCCUUAGUGGAUCAAUAGCCCGGCGUGUGCUUCUACGCGCAUCCAUGCUUGUCACGGCAAUGUCCAUCAUUCCUUUGUUACUGUUCUUAUAUGGGUCUGAUCCUGGAUUAUUGUUUGAUUCUGUGAGGUAUAAUGAAUGUGAUGUACCCUUUAUGUUUAUGGAUCCACAUUUGUUGAAGAAUCGAUUUUUGAAGCCAAUCUGGGGCUCAAUUGAUGGUGAGGAAGGUGUGAAUGUGACUACUAAUGUUGUUAGAGAGCUUCUGGGCAUGCAGAUGAUAGAUCCUAGUGCAAAAGUUCUCUGUGUCGGUGAAGGAUCUGCUCCUGCAGUUUUUGCAUUACGAGAAUUAGGAUUUCUCAAUGCUUGUGGGGUUCACAGACACCCCUUUUUCUCUCUUAAGCAUAAGAGGAUGGCUUAUGAGCUUGAAUAUGCAGACGAUUCCUUUGAUUUUGUGUUGUCUGGGGACCUAGAAAAGAAUUCCGUCCCAGCCAUUGUUGUGCUCGAGAGCGAGCGUGUGCUUAAGCCUGGUGGAAUUGGGGCUAUGCUUGUUGGUGUUAACAGUUUUAAUACCAAUAACCUGAUUAGGUCUUCCUUGCCUGUGUCCUCAUUAUUAAAGUAUUCCAACAUUGUCCAUGUUGGUUAUGUCAACGAGUAUACACUGGUUGUUUUCAAGAAAAGAAUUUACAGUGUCGGCUACUUCCAGCAAUACCAGCUACCAGCUGAUUGCCCAUCUAUCAUGAAUAAUAGACCUCAUUUGGAGAAUUUAGAACCUCUCACAGAGAAUAAGCAAGUGGAACAUGAGAAAAACAUAGCUUAUUUGCCCAAGUUUGUUGAUAUGCCCUCUAGGAAGCGAUUAGUGUAUGUUGAGAUUGGGGGAGGUGAGCAUCUGAAUUCUAGUGUUUCAAGUUGGUUCUUGCCGUCUUAUCCUGUGGAUCGCAACACUUUCAAUGUUUAUUUUGUCGACCAUAACGCUUCGGUCCUGCUUUCUGGUGUUAAAAAACCUGGUGUUGCCUUCAUUUAUUAUCCUGGCCUUGCUGGAGUCGAGGCUACUCUUAAUCCUGAUGUGGAAGAGUUUGAUCAAUCUGUGGAAGAUGAAGGGUUUGAUUUUCUUGAUUGGUUUAAGCAAACAGUGCAGCAUGCUGACUUUGUGGUGCUAAAAAUGAAAGCAGGGAAGGUGGAACUGAUAUUUCUGUCUGGUCUGUUCCAAAGCGGGGCUGUAUGCUUUAUUGAUGAGCUGUUCCUCAGUUGCUCAGAUCAAGUUGGUGGAAACUGCAUUGACCUCUUCAAGAGCCUUAGAAGCAGCGGUGUGUUUGUCCAUCAGUGGUGGGGAGACUAACCACCAAUUGAUAUUUGUUCAACCGUGUACGAUGGAGCCUUGUUUAUACUGUGUGUUUUCUUUGCUUUUCUACAGUCAUCGGUGUUAUUUCAACUCAAGUUACUUGUUACGAUUCCGUGGAGGCACCCAGCGUUGCUUUAUGCUUGGGCGCGUAAGCUAAAUAAUCAACCAUUGUCUUUCAU